AUGGGCGCCACAUUGCCCGUGCCUGGAGAGAAUCCAGUCCUUGGAGCUCAAAACCAACCUCCGAGCCUUCUCUGGCGGCGUGUCUUCCCGAAGGAGAGGCCAAAGGGGAGGAAGAUGCCCGCCAAGCUGCGCCUGCUGCUGCUGCAGGGCCUGAGCAUCCAGCAUCAGGAAGAGAGCAGUGCAAAGAUGCAGUUCACAGCCUUGCAGGAUAUGGGGGAGACACUGUCCCCAGGAGGGACGUGGCCUCUCCACAAUGCAGCUAGCUCCACCUCCUCUGUCCUGGCACCUGCACGAGCUGCAGCUGCAGGCUCUGAAGAAGGCUCCAGUCGCCAAGCUGCAAACUCAAGCACGAGCAGCUCGUGCACCUGGAGCACGAGCAGCUCCUGUGGCAGCAGAGAGCAGCUGCAAGAGAGGACAGAGGACGAGUGGCUGGCCACGCUGAGGAUGCUGGUGAGCGAGGGAGAUGCCGAGGCUAAAUACACAGAACUGGAAACUCUUGGCAAAGGGGGUUUCGGCACCGUGUGCAUGGCAGUGGAGACUGCCACAGGAGAAGAGGUGGCCAUAAAGAAAAUCAGUCUCCUGCAAGAGAGCAGCAGUGAACUGUGCGUGAAUGAAAUCCAGGUCAUACGCGACAAGAAGAACGCCAACCUUGUGAGCUAUGUAGACAGCUACCUGGUGGGCAAACAACUCUGGCUGGUGAUGGAGUACAUGGACGGAGGUUCUUUACAGGAUGUCAUCAGGGAGACUCAGAUGGAAGAAGGAGAGAUAGCAGCUGUCUCUCGAGAGUGCCUGCAAGGCCUGGAUUUCCUUCACUGCCAGCAAGUGAUCCACCGAGACAUCAAAAGCCACAACAUUCUCCUGGGCUUGGACGGAUCUGUCAGGUUGGCUGAUUUUGGCCUCGCUGCUCAGCUCACUGCUGAGCAGAGCAAAUGGAGAUCAGCUGUCAGGACUAUUUACUGGAUGGUGCCAGAAAUUUUCACCAGGAAGCCCUAUGGCCCCAAAGUGGACAUCUGGUCCCUUGGCAUUGUGGGGAUCGAGAUGGUGGAAGGAGCGCCUCCUCACCUGAUGAAAACCGCCCGCACGGUCCGACAGCUGAUAAGCAGCGGGGGCAGGCCGAGGCUGCAGAAGCCCAGGCAGCAGUCCGCUUGGCUGCGAGACUUCCUGCACUGCUGCCUGGAGACAGACGAGGACAGGCGCUGGUCUGCCCAGGAGCUUCUGCAGCAUCCGUUUGUAACCUCAGCCAAGCCGACCUCCAGCCUGACGCCUCUCAUCAUGGCAGCACAGCAGUUCACGGCCGACAGGAGAUACUAG